AUGGCAGCCGAUCGCGAGAUUGCUGCUGAAGACAGUAUCAGAGUGGUAUGCCGAUUUCGACCACUGAAUGACUCUGAAGAAAAAGCUGGUUCAAAAUUUAUCGUGAAAUUUCCAUCUGGACCUGAUGAUAAUUGCAUUUCUAUAGGGGGUAAAGUAUACUUAUUUGACAAAGUAUUCAAACCCAAUGCAACCCAAGAAAAAGUCUACAAUGAAGCUGCCAAAAGCAUUGUAUCAGAUGUUCUGGCAGGCUACAAUGGAACUAUAUUUGCCUAUGGUCAAACAAGUUCUGGGAAAACACAUACCAUGGAAGGUGUCAUAGGAGAUCCAGGAAAACAGGGUAUUAUACCAAGGAUUGUCAAUGACAUAUUCAAUCACAUUUAUGCCAUGGAAGAGAACUUGGAAUUUCAUAUUAAAGUGUCAUAUUUUGAAAUCUAUAUGGACAAGAUCAGAGACUUGCUCGAUGUGUCAAAAGUAAAUCUCAGUGUCCAUGAAGACAAAAAUAGAGUCCCAUUUGUAAAAGGUGCUACAGAACGAUUUGUAUCAAGCCCUGAAGAAGUUUUUGAAGUUAUUGAGGAAGGCAAAUCAAAUAGACAUAUUGCAGUCACAAACAUGAAUGAACAUUCAUCACGAUCUCACUCUGUCUUCCUUAUAAAUGUCAAACAAGAAAAUUUGGAAAAUCAAAAGAAACUCUCAGGAAAGCUCUAUCUUGUGGACUUGGCUGGUUCUGAAAAGGUAUCAAAAACUGGUGCUGAAGGCACUGUCCUGGAUGAAGCUAAAAAUAUUAAUAAAUCACUUUCGGCAUUGGGUAAUGUAAUUUCAGCAUUAGCUGAUGGAAAUAAAUCUCAUAUUCCAUACAGAGAUUCCAAACUAACUCGAAUUUUACAAGAGUCACUUGGUGGUAAUGCAAGAACCACAAUUGUAAUUUGCUGCUCACCUGCUUCAUUUAAUGAAAGCGAAACUAAAAGUACACUUGACUUUGGUAAAAGAGCUAAGACAGUCAAGAAUGUUGUAUGUGUCAAUGAGGAAUUGACAGCUGAGGAAUGGAAACGUCGCUAUGAAAGAGAAAAGGAGAAAGUGGCUAGGCUGAAGGGCAAGGUUGAAAAACUAGAAGCUGAACUGAAUCGCUGGCGUUCUGGUGAGACUGUCAGACUAGAAGAGCAAGUAAAUCUGCAGGAGAUUGAAGCUGUUACUCCAGUAACAUCAUUUAUUGAAGAAAAACCUCCAGCACCUCCUGUACCAGUGGCUGUCGCCAGUGUUGUCGAAGACGCCGCAAUGCAGGCUAAGUUAGAAGCUCUCUACCAACAGCUGGAUGACAAAGAUGAAGAGAUCAACCAACAUUCUCAGCUUGUUGAGAAACUUAAGGAACAGAUGAUGGAACAAGAAGAAUUAAUUGCCUGCACAAGGCGCGAUUAUGAGGCGUUACAAGGAGACAUGAAUAGAAUCCAACAAGAAAAUGAAGCUGCUAAAGAAGAAGUCAAAGAAGUUCUACAAGCUCUUGAAGAGCUCGCCGUUAAUUACGACCAGAAGUCGCAGGAGGUAGACAGCAAGAGCCGCGAGUGCGAUCAGCUGUCUGAAGACUUGCAAUCCAAACAGAGCGCCCUGACUAGUGCUACGGCAGAGCUGCAACAACUCCGUGAUUUGUCUGCACAUCAACGAAAACGUAUCGCGGAAUUAUUGACAAACUUACUUCGAGAUCUCGCCGAGAUAGGAGCUGCCGUCGGAGGAUCUGAGCUCGACUUCAAACUCAAUGUAGACACUGUCGGGAAACUGGAAGAGGAGUUUACAGUGGCUCGUCUCCACAUCAGCAAAAUGAAAAGUGAAGUCAAAAAUAUUGUCCAACGAUGCCAUUCACUUGAAUCUGCUAACAUCGAUGCCAAUCAGAAGAUUGAAGAAUAUGAGCGAACACUUGGUGAAUGUCGCCUUUUGAUCUCCCAACACGAAGCCCGUUGUGCUUCGCUAGCAGAGUCGAUGCGUGAGGCCGAAAAUAAGAAACGACAACUCGAGGAAGCUGCUGACGCUUUACGUGAAGAGUGUGCUCGCCUACAGGCGGCCGAGCGCGUACAGCUGGCGGCGGCGGAGGACUCGCAGGUCCGCGGCGCGCUGGAGGCCCAGCUGGAGCAGCUGCGCGCCGCGCACUCCACGCAGCUGUCUGCGCUGCGGGACGAGCUCGCCGCGCUGCAGCGACAACACCAGGACCUCAAGGACACGUACCAGGAGCUAACCCUGGCGCGGCAGCAGCUCCAGGACGACUACGAGAAGCUGAAGCGCGAGGAGGCCGACAAGUCCGCCAAACUGAAGGAACUCAUUCAAAGCGUGGAGCGGCGUGAACAGGCUCGCGCUGAUCUCAAGGGCUUGGAAGACACCGUGGCUAAGGAACUACAGACCCUGCACAAUCUGCGUAAACUCUUUGUUCAAGACCUGCAGGCGAGGAUAAAGAAAUCGAACAAUUCUGAAGAGGGCGCCGAGGAGGAAGGCGGUUCCCUUGCACAAAAACAAAAGAUCUCGUUCUUGGAGAAUAACCUGGAGCAACUGACGAAAGUCCACAAGCAGCUCGUGCGUGACAAUGCCGACCUGCGAUGCGAAGUGCCCAAGCUGGAGAAACGACUCCGAGCCACCAUGGAACGUGUCAAGGCACUCGAGACAGCGCUCAAGGAAGCAAAAGACGGUGCAAUGCGCGAUCGCAAACGAUACCAGUUCGAAGUGGACAGAAUCAAGGAAGCCGUGCGCGCUAAAAAUCUUGCUCGCCGCGGUCCACAGGCCCAAAUCGCGAAGCCGAUACGCGCGGGCGGCGGGCACCUGGCGGGCGGCGCGGGCGCGGGCGUGCUGCGACCCGCCGCCGCCGCGCAGGACAUCAAGCGGAAGUCUAUCAUCGUCGGCGCUAGAGAUGAAAGUUGA